GACGCCUCUCUAUCACUGCAAAACCCUAGUCGCCCGUUCUCCAGUAAUUCAGGCAAGCAGUCUCCAAGAAGCGAAAUGAGCGACGAGGAGCAGACAGUAGUGGCCAGCAGGCGUAGCAGCAGGGUAUCUGGGGCUGCGGCGACAGCGAGGGCGGAAGCGUUAGAGCGCCUCAAACUCCUCCGCAGCGGUGGCCGUAGAUCUGAAACUGGAAUAGGAUACGACAUCAAGAGCGAGAAUCCAAUCUACGACACCGUCCCCGAGGAGGAGUACGCCAAGCUCGUUGCUCGCCGGAAAGAAGAAGCCCAAGGGUUUAUAGUCGACGACGAUGGACAAGGGUACGGCGACGAGGGCGAGGAGGAGGAUUGGUCCAAGCCUGGUCUCCCUACUUCCUCCGACGAGUCCGACGGCGGAGGGGACAACAGGAAUAGGUCGAAGAGGAAGAAACCAGAGAAGAAGAAGGAGAAAGAACCUCCCCAGAAGAAGGCCCACGCUUCUCUAACAGCCGCUGCGGCGAUGAUGGGGAAGCAGAAAUUGUCGGCUAUGUUCACCUCGACGGUGUUCAGGAACCGGGAUUCUGGUAAUGUCAAGACUUUUGACUGCGAUAGCAUUGUUGAUGAUGUGAUUGCGGAAUUUGCACCAGAUGAAGCUGAUAGAGAAAAGCGAAGAAGGGGCCAUCCAGUGGCGAGCGGUGUGUUGCGGGUUAAAAUUAAUACUUCUGUGGUCAGUAAUGGAAAUCAAAUGGUGGAUAACCCAGACAGGUUCGCCUUGCGUAGUGCCGAUCCUGUUGUUGGUUCCGUAGAAAAUGAUUGCGGCGGGGAUGAGAAAGAGAUCCUGGUUAUUAAUGCAAAAGAGGAGGAGAAGGAGGAGGAGAAAGGAGUGGAGAAUGUUAGUGAGGUAAAGUUGGAACCAGUGGUGAAGGAAGAUGCAGGGCAAACUCUGAAUGCCAAGAUUGGUACAGAAGAAAGAGAUCCAAGUUUAAGUGCCACAGCUGGAUGGGAAGAAGUGAAAAGAAGUGGUGGGAGUGUUGUAAUUAGUUGUGUUAAAGAGGAGAAUAAGAUGGGUUCACGUAGUGAAGAGCAACCAGAGUUUGAGGUUGAUGCCAAUGGAUCUUUACCGUUUUACAUACUUGAUGCUUAUGAAGAGGUGUUUGGAAAUAAUCGUGGUAGCCUUUAUCUCUUCGGAAAGGUGAAAGCAGGGAAUGCAUAUCAUAGUUGUUGUGUGGUAGUAAAGCACACGCAGAGAUGUGUUUAUGCAAUUCCAAACAGUUCUAUAUUUCAAACUGAUGAGAUGCUGAGGCUUGAGAAAGAUGUUGAAGAAUCACGGAUUCCUCUUGCAGAUUUCCGUAGAAAGCUUCAAGAUGUGGCAUGUGGACUGAAGAAUGAAGUAGCAGACCAAUUACUAAAGCUCAAUGUAUCAAGUUUUAGCAUGAAACCUGUCAAGAGAAAGUAUUCGUUUGAGCGUCCUGAUGUUCCUGUCGGGGAGAAUUACGUACUUAAGAUUAGUUACCCAUUCAAGGAUUCAUCACUUCCUGCAGAUCUAAGAGGAGAAACAUUUUGCACUUUGCUUGGGACCGAUAGCAGUGCCUUGGAGCUUUUUCUUGUGAAAAGAAAGAUAAAGGGACCGUCAUGGUUAUUGAUUUCAAAGUUCGCUACUUGUCAGUCUUCUCAGAAGGUGAGUUGGUGCAAGUAUGAGAUUGUUGUUGACUCCCCAAGAGACAUCCAGGCUGCAUCUUCGUCGAAAAUUACUUCAGAAAUUCCUCCUGUGGUUGUUACAGCAAUAAGUUUGAAAACUAUCUUCAAUGAGAAGCAUAAUGCGAACGAGAUAGUCUCUGCAUCUGUCAUCUGCUGUCACAAGGCAAAGAUUGAUAUCCCAAUGUUGGCUUCAGAAUGGAAGAAACCUGGAUUGCUCAGUCAUUUUACUGUGGUCCGCAAGCUUGAUGGAGGUAUAUUUCCACUGGGGUUCUCAAAGGUGCUGGCUGACAGGAACACGAAAGCUGGGCCUGGGUCAACCGUCUUAUCUAUGGAAAGCAGUGAAAGAGCUUUGUUGAAUUGCCUGAUGACGGAAUUGCAUAAAUUGGAUACUGAUGUUCUUGUCGGACAUAACAUAUCCGGGUUUGACCUGGACGUUCUUUUGAACAGAGCACAGGCUUGCCGAGUUUCAAGCAGCAUGUGGUCCAAACUAGGCCGUCUGAAGCGUUCUGUGAUGCCCAAGCUUUUCAAACCAAAUGGUUUGAGAGCUAGUAAGGGAAUCAUGUCUUGCUUAUCUGGUCGGCUAUUGUGCGACACUUAUAUAUGCUCCCGUGACCUACUAAAGGAGGUCAGCUAUUCUUUGACACAACUUGCGAAGACUCGAUUGAAUAAAGAUCGAAAGGAGGUCCACUCCCAUGAUAUCCCAAAUAUGUUCCAGGCCUCUGAAUCUCUUAUUGAGCUAAUUGAAUAUGGCGAGACAGAUGCAUGGCUGUCUAUGGAACUCAUGUUUCACUUAAGUGUUCUUCCCCUCACACGCCAGCUAACCAACAUCAGUGGUAAUCUUUGGGGAGAAACUCUCCAAGGCGCCAGGGCAUUGAGAGUGGAGUAUCUUCUAUUGCAUGCUUUCCAUUCAAAGAAGUAUGUUGUGCCAGACAAACGACGUUCCUAUCCUGUAAAGGAAGCAAACGUGACAAAACGAAGAAUGAGUCACAGUGCUGACAAUAGGGUCGCAGAAGAGUUGGAGGUUGAGGGCACCAAUUUCGAAAAUGAAGUUCCGGAUAAUGAUCAUGGCAAAGGAAAAAAAGGUCCUGCCUAUGCUGGUGGCUUGGUUCUGGAGCCCAAGAAGGGAUUGUAUGACAAAUAUGUACUGCUUUUGGACUUCAAUAGUCUUUAUCCUUCUAUCAUUCAGGAAUAUAAUAUCUGCUUCACAACAAUUGAAAGAUCUUCAGAUGGCAUAGCUUCGCGUCUACCUUCCAGCAAAACACCUGGAGUCUUGCCUGAGCUGCUGAAAAAUUUAGUUGAGCGGAGGAGAAAUGUAAAGAAACUGAUGAAGAGUGCAUCAGGUCUUGAGCUCCAAGAGCUUGACAUUCGACAACAAGCACUCAAGCUAACUGCUAAUAGCAUGUAUGGAUGUCUUGGAUUUUCGAACUCAAGAUUUUAUGCAAAGCCUCUUGCGGAGCUUAUAACUUUACAGGGGAGGGAGAUUCUGCAAAGCACUGUUGAUCUUGUUCAACAUAACCUGAAUUUCGAGGUCAUUUAUGGUGAUACAGAUUCAAUCAUGAUUUACAGUGGACUAGAUGAUAUAGCAAAAGCAAAAGCAAUUGCUGGGAAGGUCAUUCAGGAGGUGAACAAGAAGUACAGGUGUCUAGAAAUAGAUCUUGAUGGUGUGUACAAGAGAAUGCUGCUACUAAAAAAGAAAAAGUAUGCAGCUGUGAAGAUUCAGUUCAAAGAUGGGACACCAUAUGAGGUUAUUGAACGUAAAGGUAUUGACAUGGUUCGUCGUGACUGGAGCUUGCUAGCCAAGGAACUGGGAGAUUUCUGUCUCACACAGAUCUUAUCUGGGGGGUCAUGUGAAGAUGUGGUGGAGUCUAUACAUAAUGCUCUUACGAAGGUGCAAGAUGAUAUGAGAAGUGGACAGGUAGCACUCGAGAAAUAUGUCAUCACCAAGACAUUGACUAAACCUCCUGAAGCAUACACCGAUGCUAAAAACCAGCCCCAUGUUAUGGUUGCACUCAGACUGAAGCAAAGUGGUCAUACAUCUGGUUGCUCGGCCCAUGACACAGUUCCAUACAUAAUAUGCAAUGAGCAGGGCUCUAGUUCUGGAGGAGGUUCCACAGGGAUUGCUCAGCGUGCUAGACAUCCAGAUGAAUUGAAAAAAGAUAGUGGCAAAUGGAUGAUUGAUAUAGAAUACUAUUUGUCUCAGCAAAUUCACCCGGUGGUAUCACGUUUAUGUGCUUCAAUUCAGGGUACAAGUCCAGAAAGGCUGGCUGAUUGCUUGGGGCUUGACUCAUCCAGGUUCCAAAGUAGAUCUACUGAAGCUGCAGAUAGUGAUCCUUCCAGCUCACUUUUGUUUGCCGGGAACGACGAGGAGAGAUACCAUAGUUGCGAACCAUUGGUCUUGACCUGUCCUAGCUGCUCCAAUACCUUAGAUUGUCCUGCAAUCUUCGGUUCCCUUUACAAGGCAUCCAAUGAAACAACGACAAAAGUACAACCACCACAAGAACCUACGGUCAAUUUCUGGCAUACAAUGCGAUGCCCAAAGUGCCCAGAAGAAGCCAAUGUCGGUAGACUAUCUCCAGCAAUGAUAGCCAACCAGGUUAGAAGGCAAGCGGAGAGAUUUGUUUCUAUGUACUAUAAAGGCGUAAUGAUGUGUGAUGAUGAAAGUUGCAAGCAUACAACGCGGAGCGUGAACUUGCGGUUGGUUGGCGACUCGGAGAGAGGAACAGUUUGUCCAAACUAUCCCAGGUGCAAUGGGCGGCUUGUGCGGAAGUACACUGAAGCAGAUCUGUACAAGCAACUUUCAUACUUCUGCUAUGUACUCGACACAGAGCGCGGCCUUCAAAAGGUGCAGCAGAUGGAAUUGACCAAGAGAAUGGGAAUGGAGGAAGAGCUGAACAAGGUCAGAGGAGUAGUGGAGGCUGCAGUAUCAACAGUUGAGAAAAUGAGGGAUAGGUGUGCAUAUGGUUGGGUGCAGCUUAGCAACCUCCUUUUCACUGGCUGAAGUUUUCUCUGCUUUCUGCCCACAUCCUCACAGCUGCCUUGUUCUUGCUUCUGCUUUCUGUGUUUGGGAAAAUCAUGAUAUCAAUUCCUUUUCUUUGAUCUCUUGUUGUAAUUAUUGUAUGUAACUGUUGAGUGUUGGUGGUUUCGAUACUUGGCCUUGCUUAAGGUCAAAGUGGCCGAAGCCAUAUAUAUCCCUUCUAAAAAUUCUGUCUUUACUAUGAGACAAUUUCUUAUGCCUUUGUGCUCAGUACCUAAAAUUUUAUUAUCGUGCUUCAGGAUUUUUACAACUUCUUAUACGACGGCGGGAGUAGAAAAAAAUGUAAAUGCUGCUGAGAAAAUACGCACCCAAAUUUCUUCCAUUGGAA